AUGCAGCACAGCCAAGUGAGAAGAGUGAUAAGGCAGCGUCGGAAACUUCAGGCUUGGCAGGAGCAGCAAGCACAGCCUAGUUAUGACAAUGUGACAUGGAUGCAGUUCAUUAGUCGAUACACAAUUGGAUCCCAUAUACAUGGUUUCUAUCAGCUCUUUUGGCCUACAAUGCGUCGACGAAUGCGCUUACUCUGGGCGUUGGCAUUGCUCUCUGCGUUGACUGUGCUCAUCUAUGUAGCUUAUUUGCUGGGAGAGAGACAUCAGCGACAUCACUUUCACACGAUAAUCGCAGACUCGCAUUGGCCAAUUCAGAACAUUGCCUUCCCAGUGAUUGUGGUCUGUAAUAAGAACCGAUUGAACUGGUCUCGUCUGCCGCAAAUAAUCCAGCGAUAUAACAUAAGCCUUGCUCAACAGCCGCUCCUGGAGCGUGUCCUUACCGCUUACGAUGCCCUAAGCUUUGCUCGGUUUGAUGUCUUUGCUCCUCUGAAGGAUCAGCCUCUGCAGACGCUGAACCAUCUCAACUUCACCCGGAUUGCGACUGAGAUGGCCUGGCGUUGUGAUGAACUGCUCGCAGAAUGUAGAUGGCAGACUGAAUCUCGAGAUUGUUGUGAACUCUUUCGGCCCCGAAGAUUGCCCCUAGGUUCUUGUCUGGCGUUUAACGAAGUGGAGCAGCGUGCCAUUGUGGAAAUUGGCUCGGGGUCUGGCUUGAUGGUCCGUCUCCGGCUAAAUGAGGCACAGCAUGCGCCGGAAAAUGUAGAGCUUAAAGGUUUUAUGCUCAAUAUUCUGGAGCCAAAUGUGUGGUUCGAUUUUCCCAUUGAGUUCUUUCCGGAUAUGGACAGCACCAUUGGCAUCAGGGCUGUUUAUCACUUCUAUGACGAAGAUACCUACUCCAUGCACAGCCAACAAAGGAUGUGUUUGCAGGACUAUGAGCAUGUUAGCGAUAAUAUUCACACUCUUCAGGGCCUCAAGUAUAUGAUGGAAAACUGUUUUGCGGAAUGCCAACAACUCUAUAUGCUGCGCUAUUGCAAUUGCACUUUGGAUUUGUUCUAUCCACCUUCGGAUCAUGUUGCCUGCCAGCUGAAGGAUUUGCCCUGUCUGGCAGCUCACAAUCAUGAAAUGGAGAGCUACGAACAACCUGGAGAGCAUUCAUAUGUAGCCCAUGCCGAAUCGGGACUCAUCUGUGAAUGUCUACACAACUGCAAAUCUUUGACCCUGAUUAAUGAUGUCCGCAAAUUUGUCCAACGACCCUUGCAACGGGUCAAUGUCAGUGACAGGACAUCCUAUCGACCAGAGAAUCGAUCAAUGCUUCUCGACAUAUACUACAAGCGGUUCAAUAUUCUGGUCUAUAAAACCAGUUUGAUAUACAGCUGGAUGGACUUAAUUGUUUCAUUUGGUGCCAUUUGUCAGCUCUGCUUGGGCUGUUCCAUCAUUGGCAUUCUGGAGGUGUUGUAUUUUGGCCUGAUCGAUGUGCCCCAUUUCUAUUGGCGGCGCUAUGCGCUGAGGCGCUUUGGUUAAACUAUCCAAUAAAAACGACAAUGGUCGGACGCUCUUAUGUUUGA